AUGCGACAGAAAACAAUCGAAUCACUUCACAAACAACUAGUACUGUACCCUGCAAUGUGCUACCUUUCUCCAGUAUUUGGGAUUCAGUUCAUGAAUCUUGGCUAUUGGCCCACUGAAACGUCUGCAGCAAGAGACAUGCAGAUGAAAGCUGUCGUGGAAGAGUGUUCUUCGGAAACUGAUUUGGAUCGUCCACACUAUUAUCUAUAUGAGCGGGCUCUCAUGAUUCAUCCUCACUAUCCCCUACUAAAAGGACUAAAAUUCUUGGAGGUUGGCUGUGGUCAAGGAAAUGGGAUGAGAUGGAUGAAGAAGUCUCAUCCUCGAAUAAAAUCUAUAAGAGGAGUGGACAGCUGCACAUUGGCAAAUAAAUACAUAAUUUCCGGAGACGCACACCAUCUUCCUUUUGGAGAUAACCAAUUUGAUGUUGUGCUUAACGUUGAAUCUUCUCAUCUGUAUCACGACUGCGAACAGUUCUUUCGAGAGUGUGCAAGAGUGCUAAAGAAGGAUGGAUAUCUCUGCUGGAUUGAUUUGCGCUAUCAAAAACAGGCAGACGAAACACGCAGAAAAGCAAUUAGAGCAGGGUUAAUUGAGGAACGAUGGGAAAACAUCACGGAGAAUAUCCUGCUAGGCAUCGAACGUACAGCUGCACGUUACGACGAGAUACUGCGAAGGGCGCCAUUUUUCAUUCGAUUGUUCUCAUCAUCAUUGCGGGCUACCUACUGCGCUCCUGGAACGCAUACAUACGCGAGAUUCGUCAGCAAGGAGAAGGGUUAUUACACCGCACUCUGGAGAAAUAACUGA